GUCACACUGGUCAGAACUCUUUGAAAUGUGAAGUUUUUUCGAUCGGAUAAAAUAGAAACAGAAAAGGUGAAUUUCCCGGGCGGAUCUAAUCUGAAUGGAGCGUGCGUUCGCGUGACUGAAGUUCGAUUGGCCACGCCUACUUGCACGGGAAAAGCGACUGGGGAUACGAACCAUCUGGAAUUGUGACCGAUCCUUCGAUCCUACGAUCCUUCGGCUAAUUGGAUUUGGACAUCGCCAUCGCCAUCGCAUCAUCAUCUUCCACGAACCCGAGUCCAAAAGCCAGCUUAAUUGGCUUAGGCGGCGGUUGUCGAUGUUGGCCUCUGACGUGUGAAAUGGGUGUGGGCUACUACACCGAAGGACACAAGAUCAAAAGCAGCAGCUCAGCACUUUAGUGAGUUUGAGGAAUCUUCCCCGAGACUUCCAAAUAGCAAACGGCAAUGAGUCCAGUGGUGGCCACAGUGGAGCCUCUGGCCGCGGUCAAGUCGAAGUCAAUAAAGUCCCGGAAGCGACGACAGCGCCGGAGACGGCAGAUAGCCUACCUGGCCAUUUGUGGACUAAGUGUAGCCAUCUUCGGAUUUGCAUUGGCCACGAUAAUCAGGCCGGCAACCGCCCAGGAUGAUGAAACUGCUCCAGGCGGUUGGCGCAAAGGAUAUGUGGGCCAUGGCACCACGCACGAACAGAUGGGCCAGCCCCAUUGGCCACCAGUGGAGUACACGGUUUACAAGCCGACGACCAACUACACGAAGGAACCACCACCUCCCACGUCGGCCAUGAACUCCAUUUUUAAUUUUACACACUUUCUGUACGACAAAGUCCUGUACAGUGAUGAUCCCAUUCCGGAGGGUUACAUUGUGGUAAAGAACUCGGACACAUUGGCCCUGGGUCCCAAGGUGGAGGAGAACGACUGGCGGGAUCUCUUGGCUCAUUAUUGGAUGGUUCUCAUUUGGGUUUUCAUUCUCGUCGUGCUGAUCAUUAUCAUUCCGUUUAUUGCCGUUUGCUAUUGCUGCUUCUGUUGUUGCCGACGAUGCCGACAGGGCUGUCCUCCAUGUACCAGUAAACAGGAUGCCCAGCGGCGCUUCUGCUGUGGCAUUUGUCUGCUAAUCCUCAUCAUUGGACUGAUCUUUGGCAUCAUAAUCGCAUUUGUUACCAACAAAAUGAUCGACAGUGGCUUUUCCGAGACUUCCGAGACUAUGAAGCGCGGCAGCGAGGACACUUGCACCUAUCUGAAGGAUGUGGCCGAUCAUGUUUAUCAUCUGAUGAUGUACAACUACGAGGAGAUGGAGACACAUGUGCUGGAUCAACUAACCCAUGCCCAUAGGCACAUAUUUUUGGAUCUCUCCGACACAUCAGAGAGUAGUUCGCUGGCCGAAAUGGAGCGGGUUUUGGAGAACAUGCCAGAGGCCCUGGAGCUGAUGAAGCAAGUGGAGAAGAUGGAGAAGGAUCUGCGAUUCUACGGUUCCCAGUUAAGAGAUGGUGUCCGUGGCAUCAAGCGAGAUGUCAACUUCGCAGUGGCCAAUCUCUGUCAACUCCAAAUGUGCCAGAAGUUCCUCAUCAGCAGCAACAUCGAGCACAUUGAUACCUCGCAGUGUCUGCACUUCGACACGCUGCCUAACACCACGGCUUAUGUGGAGGGAAUGGAGGACAUAAUUGCGAAGAAAUAUUACAUUAUACCUCAAAGGGGACUGUUGCGUCUGAAGGCGGUUAGCGACAAGGUGCAGUCACAGCUGUCAUUUGUGCUGCCGCCGAUGAUGCGGGACUUGACCAAGGGCAAGACGGUCUUCCGCGAACAGGCGACGAAUGUGCGCAACAUUGUGGAGGGAGUGCUGGCUAAUAUUCACACUAAGACCCUGCAUUCGACCAAGUCGUUCGAGGACGUCUACGAUCGGUUCGGCCACGAUAGGAACAUAAUCAGCUUGAUUGUGUGCUUGCUUAUCCUUUUGGUACUGUUUAUAUUGAUCUUUGCACUGCUGUGUGGUUGCUUUGGACGACGACGAACUGGAUACGGAGACGAAUGCUGCAGCAAGUCCACCGGCGCCACGUGCCUGCUUUUAGCGAUCUUGUUGAUUUUCUGUGUAUUCUCAUUUAUCGCGCUCGUUGGACUAUUCUACUUUAUGCUGGGCAUGGUUACUUACCAGGGCGCCUGUGCGCCGCUGAGGGAUCAGGAGAACAACACCCUGUUCCGGCAACUGGACGCGUCAAUCGAUCUAAAGCAUUAUUUGCCGUCGAACGGGGACUCCAAGGAUGUGUCGCAGCCUCUGAAGAUGUCGAAUACAAUUCAGGCUUGCCAUGAGAACCAGACAAUAUUCGAGAUGAUGCGCAUGAACAAUAUAUACGAUAUCAACGACCUGGCGCGCAUCAAGGUAAUGACAGUGGACGAUACGGACUCGGUCAAGGUCUUCGACGAGGAUCUGUCUGGCGUUAUCCUGUUGACGCCAGAGGAGCGCGGUGACCUGACGACCGCGCAGGCCAAUUCGCUGGCCACGUACCACAGCUCCUUGUACAUGCCGAGUCUCUGCACCCAGUUCACGCCCAUGAACCUGAACGCCCUCUCCGAGCAGCUGUACAAGCUAUCCAACGAUCUGGAGUACCCCGCCUACGGCUGGGCCAAGGUCUCUUUCUGGAACGAGGGUCUGAACACCAAGGCCUUCCACCGCAACUUUGUGCCCAAACUCACCAGCAUUGUGGAGAAGAUGAGGGCCAAUCUGCAGAAGAUCGACGAGCUGAUUUCGUACGAGAACCACGACUUUACCACCACCAUCAAAAUUCUCACUGCCACGGCGAACAGAUCGGAGCAGUUCAUCCAGACGCGCGGCAAGGACUACAUCAACACGCUGAGCAGCAAUCUGACGCAGACCAUUGACCAGAUAAUAGACGACUACAUCGAUAUGAUUAUAAGGGAGGCCAACGAAAAUGUGGGACACUGUGCGCCACUAUCGUAUAUAUAUUACCGCGGAGUUGACUUGAUCUGUCACCGCCUCGUGGAUCCCAUCAAUGGAUUCUGGGUGGGCAUCCUGCUCUGCGCCCUGCUCUUCCUGCCCAUCCUGUUCGUGGCCCACCGCCUGAUGUGCCUGUACAAGAAGAUCUACCCCUAUCUGGCCACCGUUGGAGCCGGCGGCGUGGUCGAGGGCGGCAGCAGCGAUUAUCUGUACGACGCUUAUAGUGAGCGCGAGCGCGAACAUGUGCCAUUGGCUAACGUUCCCAAGAAGCGGCGCAAGGCCUACGAAAGGCGGCGGGAGCAGCAGGACUACUACGAGGACGCCUCGCCCAGCGUGUCCCGCGGCAAUCGCUCCGGCGCAGAUCGUGGUGGUGGCGGCGGCGGAGAUGGAGCCCCGGGCAGCAGCAACAUGCGCUACAAUGACAUGGCGCCCACGCACUGGGACCACGAGCCACCGCGCUACCACAAUCCGCCAGCUGCGCCGCCAUCCUCGGAGUACGAGCGUCCGCCGCCCUACUACUAUCCGGGUGCCUCCGAGCAGGACUAGACGGACGGAGUGGCUCGGAAUGGUUCGUUCGAUAGGUGGCAACAUGGAUGAUUUUAUUUUCAACCCCACGCCCACUGCCCCCGUUUCCCCGUAUAUACCCCUACUGAGACUGUACUUUUAGUUAAAAGCGUAAACAAAAAUAACUGAAAUUAUAUAAUUUAAUUAAGUAGUUUUGUAGCA